UGUAGUAAGCAGUUUGUGCUGGUAAUAAUAGCUAGCUCUCACCCUGGUGACUAACACAGUCCUGGGUAUUUAAGAGCUAGAACAAAAGGUUCACACUGUACUCAAAGUCACCAGCACCCGCGAAGGAUAUAGCAGAUCCCCACCACCGCAGCAGCAGAGAUGUGUUUUGGCAGUUGUGCUAAGUGCAUUGGCUAUCUUCUACUCAGUUUGGCUAUACUUUCCAUAAUUGCUAACAUCUUGUUAUACUUUCCUGAUGGAGACACAAAGUACGCCCGAGAGAACCUCCUGUCUAACUACGUAUGGUUUUUCGAAGGUAUCGCAGGAGCUGGACUUCUUAUUCUGAUUCCUGCCUUUGUGUGCAUUGGACUGGAAGAAGAGGAUUGCUGUGGAUGUUGUGGCAAUAGGAACUGUGGAAAAAGCUGUGCAAUGCUGGGAUCUGUUGCGGCUGCAUUAAUUGGAAUCAUUGGUGCUGGUUACUGUGUCAUCAUCUCAGCGCUGGCCUUAGCAAAGGGUCCAUUUUGUCUUGCCAAUGGCACGUGGACCUAUCCAUUUGAAGAUUCUAAAGCACACUAUUUGGCUGACCAUUCAACUUGGUCCCAGUGUGAAGAACCAAAGAAUGUUGUUGUAUGGAAUGUCACCCUCUUCUCCAUCCUGUUGGGUUUGGCUGGACUCGAAGUCAUUUUAUGCGUGAUUCAGAUGAUCAAUGGUUUAAUUGGAGGGAUAUGUGGAGCUUGCUGCUGUCAAGAGAAGUCCCAGCAAUACGUUUGCUGAUGAAGUUUCCUGAAAUACAUGGACAUGAAGAAUGGCACUAUAUUUUUGCUAUGUAACUUGUAUAUGUGAUUGUACAGAAUUAUGUAUUUAAUAUCUUUGCGUGUUGGAUAUGUAAUAAAUGUAACUUUUUAUACUGAGCUUGUUGAAACUGAAUGAUAUUAAACUGGAAUCAGAUAAUGUGUUGGGGUUAGCUGGAUAAACUCUUUAUAACACAAUAUGAUGCUGAAGCUCAACUACUUAAAGCGUUGCUCCAUUUCCAAACGUUAUGAAAUCAAAAUUGUUAUGUGUAUGUGUUAAUAUUUGUCUUAUGUCUUCCAUUUCUUGUUUUUUUUCUUGCCAAUAUCAUGAAUAAAAAGAAUGGACAACCA